GAUCAUCAAGACACGCACGUCAUGGCUCAACUGCUCCGCGCUGCAGCAAAUGGAAACCUCGAGAAGGUGAUCGAGCUGCGCAGCGACUGGGGCUUCCAGAACAAGAAGGGCGAGUCCGUGCUGCACGUGGCGGUGGCUGAAGACCGACUGGAGAUCGUGCAGCACCUCGUGUCCAAUGGGGCCAUGCUCAACCUGCAGGAGAAGAAGCGCCGCUUCACGCCGCUGAUGUUGGCGCUGGCUCAACAGCCGCCGAGCUUUGAGGAAAUCUUCCAGGCGCUGCUCAAGGGCAAGCCUGACCUCAGUCUGCAGGACUCUUCGGGACAAACGGUGCUUCAUCUAGCGGCGGAGUACGAGGAGGUGGACUCAUUGAAGCUGCUGCUGAGGGCGAAGGCUAAGGUGGAUGCAGUCGACAACAAGAAGAUGACGGCACUCCAUGUGGCGGUUGCCAAGGGGAACCUCGAGAUCGUCCAGUUGCUGGUUGAAACGGGCCGUGCUAACGCCAACGUGGUGGACGCCAAGGGAAACACUCCACUGCAUUGGGCGUGUAUCAAGAACGGAGACGGUCAACUUGAGUUGAUCAGCUACCUCAUCUCCAAGGGCGCCAAACCCCUUAAGAACGCCCACGGAAACACGCCCUUGCAUUCGGAAGCGAUGCACUGCGAUUCGUCUGGAAAUUGGCCGAGUGCAGCUGCGGAGACGCUGACCACUGCAUUCCCGGAUUUGAUUGCUGAAGUGAACAACAAUGGGCUAACUGCCCAGCAAACGUUUGAGCAAGAUAUUGAUGCCGAGGAGCCGGUGGAAGAUAAGUCGCCAGCCAAGUCGUCGAAGAAGAGCGGGCGCCGAGGCAAGGGUGAUGACGAGGAGCAGUUUCAAGAGAACACUGCUGCUGCUCGAGCCGGAAAGCAGCGGCAUGGCUCCGUACAUGUGGGUUGCCCUGAUUUUUGCUGUUCUUGCUGUCUUGAAUGCCAUGUUUUCGACGUAGUUUUACAGUUGAAGCGCAAGCUAAGACGUAAUCUUGGAGCCCUGUCGAGAAUCACCCAACCAAGUUUCUGCCUCCUAGAUCGAUGUAAAUUGCUACGCAAAGCCAAGGGUUCGAGCAGUGUGCUGUUCUAUUUGAAAUUAGUCGCAUACAUCCGAUGAAGACGAUUCAUCGUCAUCGUGGCACUCCUGUUCCUCCUCUUCAUCCUCUUCUCCAACAUCAGCUUCAUCUUCAAU